ACUGGGCUAUCGAAAUACAAAACAAAGUCGCCUUCAGAAUAACGCUACCCACAGUUAAUAAAAAUAAAAAGAAACAAAUGGAAUACGACAAAUUGAGCCCUGUGCGCGUUGGCGUUCGCGAAGCACCAUUUCGCUCCUUCCUUGGUCGCCAGGAGCCCAGCAUUGUGCACUUUUCGCCGGAGGCCGGCAACUCAUUGGUGGUGGACCAAAAUGAUUACCACUUUGACCACGCCUUCCGCUCCACCGUCAGCCAGCUGGAGCUCUACGGUGCGCUCAUCAUGCCGCUGGUGGGCAAGGUCUUUUGUGGCUUCGAGUGCACGGUCAUGGCCUACGGCCAGACGGGCACCGGCAAGAGCUACUCCAUGGGCAUGACGGCCGACAAUCAGGCCACCAGUGAGGAGCAUCUGGGCGUGCUGCCGCGCUGCCUGUGCGACAUUCUGGACCGUGUGGCCGCCAAGCAGGAGAACACCUUGGAGCGCAUUCAGGUCUCCGCCUCCUACAUCGAGAUAUACAACGAGAAGGCCUACGAUCUGCUGGCCGCCACUCCCAUGGACCCAAUGCUGGCCUCACGCAGCGACAGUUGCACCUGCCUGCCGCUGGCCAGCCAGGAGGAUCUGCAGCGCCUGCUGCAGCUCGGCAAUAACAAUCGCCACGUGCGGCGCACCAAUAUGAACGCGAACAGCUCCCGCUCCCACGCCAUUGUCACCAUCCAUCUGCGCCGACAGGGCGGCCAGCUAUCCCGCAUGAACAUUGUCGAUCUGGCCGGCUCCGAGGGUGUGCGGCGCACCGGCCACGAAGGCGUCGCACGCCAGGAGGGCGUCAGCAUCAACAUGGGCCUCUUGAGCGUCAACAAGGUGGUACUGGCCAUGGCGGCCGGCCAUGCAGUGAUCCCCUACCGCGACAGCGUCCUCACCACGGUCCUGCAGAAGUCGCUGACAUCGCAGUCGUACCUCACCCUCCUCGCGUGCAUCAGUCCGCAUGCCUGCGACCUGAGCGAGACCAUUUCCACGCUACGCUUCGCCAAGAGCGCCAAGCGGCUGCGCCUCAAUCCCCAACAGUUGAUGAUGUCGCGCAACCAUCAGCUGCAGCAGCAGCAGCAGCGGGUAAGUCAGCCACUUGUAGAGCUGCUCGUUGCCGGUGCCCAGGAAGCCGGCGCCCUGCAAGUUGGUGCUGCCACCCGCUUCGAUCAGCUCGCUGAUAGCCUGCAAGUCAGGCACAUCCUGGCCCCGCAUCGUCACAAUUGGCAGCACCAUCAUGGCCAGCAGCAGGCCCACGGCGGCCUUGGUGCGCACCUGCGCCGCAAAGGCUUCCCGCGGCAGCAGCUGCUCCACGCACUCGCCCAGCCUGAGAGGGCAAAACCAACAGUCAUGAGAGCAGCGUUAAGGGUUGAGGGUCGCUCACCUGGUCAGCUGUUGCCCCAACUGCCGAUGGUACUCGUCGAGCAGCUCCUGCAGGUGCUUCUGUCGAAAGGCGCGCGUGGUGCAGGUGAAGAGGAAGUAGGCCAGAUCCGUCACAGGAGAGGCGUAGCGCAUCAGCUGCCAGUCGAUCAGUCGCAGAUCGAGCGGCUGCGAGAGUCUGUACAUGAUGUUGUUGUUCCAGCAGUCGCCGUGGCAGACCACGGCAAACGGUUCGCAGUUGGAGCCGCUGAUGAGGGGCAGCAGCAGCUCAAAGUAGGAUCCCCGCGCAAAGUACGCCCUCAGCCGCAGGCCGUACGCAUCGUCAGCGGGCGAGCGCAGCGCACUGAGCGCACUCUCCUUGAGGUUCUCGAAGAUAAAUCUCGGGGGGGAAACCACAGCGCUCCGACCACAAGCGAUGCAACUGGCUCAUGUUACGCCUCGUUUUUUUUUUUGCAGCAGCAGCAGCAGCAAACCCUUCCCGCCCGCACGCCUCACGCCCUCCGUCGCCCGUUGUCCAGCUCGACGACCGUCAAGGUAAGCCGACCGACGCAACACGGUGCUCAGAACAGCUACUACCUGAUGGCGCCCAAGCCCAAGGAGAGCAUGCCACUUAUGCAGCUGCAGCGCACACGCUCCGAGAUGGGUCUCACGCCCAAGGCCAAAAAGCGAGCUCGCGAGGAACUGCAGCUGGAGAUGACAAUGGAUGCGCCAUCGGACAGCCAUCACUCGGCUAUCAGUCUCGUCGAGAAAGGCUGCUCGGGUGCUGUGUCCCUUUCUAACUCGGAGACAGAGACAACAUUGGUGGAGCCAUUAUCGGGCAGCAAUGUCACGCUGAAGCAGGAGCAGGAGCAGGACUCCAAUGGCCCAAUGGGUCCACCACAACCUCCACCGGACAUUCCUCUUUUCCAUUCCUCUUUGCUGAGCAUAGCAGAGGAGCCAGACUCACAGCAGCAGAAGCUGCAGCAGCGGCAGUUGCUCUUCGACAAUACCUGCAGUCCGAUUGUCCCGCCAGCGGCUGGACCACUGGAAAUGAGCGGCAUCCAGCCGCUCGAGAUUAGUGACAGGCCAGUGCUCAGAGCCAGACGCUUCGCCCGCCUAAAUUCCAACUCCAACAGACAGCAGUCCUCCACGGAGCAGCAGCAGCAGCCGCUGCAGCAAAAUCAAAACGGGCUGCGACGCAGCAUGAGGCUGGCUGUUAAAUUGGAGAGCGCCGCCGUCACAGCCAACCACUCAGGCCACUUGGCCACUCAGGACUCGGGCAGCGCUGGUGGCAGUCGCAAACGCUCAAGGGCAGCCAUUAAACGCUGGAUUAACAAGCAACGAAUCACAUUCCUUAACCAACUUAACACGGCGGAUGAACGCGAACUGAAGAAGCUGCCCGGCAUUGGCGGCAAGACCGCCUUCACCCUGGUGCUGCAGCGAGGUCGACUGGGUGGCUUUCAGAGCCUACGCCAGGUCCAGGAACUACCCAUUUGGACGCGCGUGAAGUGGACGAACGUGUGCUCGCUCAACGGUUUGGAUCCGUAUGUGUAAUGUAUGUAAUGUAAUGUAAAUGUAAUGUAAUAAUCCUGUCGCAACUGUUAGGUUUUUUAGGUUCGGUUUUUUUUUUUGUGAUUUUUUUGUGAUACGAUAAGCCCGCAGAGAAAAUAGUCCUCAGGUUUUUUUUAACUCGUUUUAUGAUUUUAAGUGGCUCUGUAAUAUGUGAUGUAAACUAGCAUAAGAUUUGUAACCCUUUGUACCACCAACUCCCCUCAUAGACAUACAAACCGAAAACAAAAUAAGAUAAUUGGCACAAAACAAAGCACAAAAUGAAU